UAAUUUUACACCAGAGAGUUCUGGUGCCUCACCAAACUACAACUCCGAGGACCCCAUCGCAUUGAGCCAUAGCGGUUACAGCGGUCUCAAACUGCAAGAGUUCUACAAUGUAGACACAGCCCUAAGAAGAGAAAGGUCUCCAGGGAGAAAGCGACGUCUUGAGGAGUUCAGGAGGGCGGGAGUGGAGCAAAGGGGCUGGCCAAGGCGGAGCCCAAGGGCCGAGUUGGUCCGGCCCAAGCCUUCUCCGCCCUGCCCGAGGGACUCCCCCGUCGAGGGCCCCGCCAGUGGACGCGGCUCGGGUCUGCCCAGGGCCCAACUCCCCGUUGUCUCGCCCAGAUUCUCCGAAGCGGCGGCGGAGGAGGAGGCGGAGGGGCGAAAGUGUUGGGUUUCGUUGAAGCUGGAGAGACAACCAUUCCUUCUUCCCAGGCUCAUGGAAGACCCCACAGUGUUUUCAUGUAGCGUUCUGCCCUCUGAUCCCCGUCUUCUUGCAACAGUGACCAAUGCCUACCUGGGCACUCGUGUCUAUCGGAAUAUUCUCCAUGUGAAUGGUGUAUAUAAUGGAGCAGCUGGAGACACACACCGUGCGGAUAUCCCCAGUCCUGUUAAUGUCAGAAUGAGCGUGACUGCUGGAGACAGCCUGAGUGAGACUUUCUCUUUGGACACUAAGACAGGAACAUAUACCCACACCAUCAAGUCCUUUGAUUACACAGCUACUCACAGAAUCUACGCUCACCACUCUAUUACUCACCUUGUGGCUUUCAGUAUAACCAUCCAGAGGUCAACUCUCAAUGCUCAGCCCAUCACAGUGAAUCUCCAGGCACAAUUCACACCAGAGAGUCCAGACCUGGACUUGCAUGCAGGGCCAGAUUUCCAGGGCGCUCACUAUCUAUAUGGAAAGACUUUGGUCCCUGAAGUGGAAGGUGGUCCUCAGCCUACUGUACACAUGAUCUGGACUUCUGUGCCACAUACAGUGACCCUCUCUGAGAAGGAAGAGGAGAAAUGCUGGGACUUCCUCACUGCCAUUGCAGAGACUGAAGAAGAUGCCAGAAGGAGCUUCUUAGAAGGGAUGUCACUGAUUGGCUCUGGAUCCUUAUACUUGUCUCAUACCAAAGCUUGGGCAGCCCUCUGGCAAGGAUGCUGCGUGGAGGUUGAUGGACCUCUUUCACUCAGACAGGCCCUCUAUGGCUGCCUUUAUUACUUGCUAAGUGCCAUCCCCCCUCUGGAUGCACCUGAUGUCUUGUUCUCUGGGAUCAGCCCUGGAGGCCUUUCUAAUGGCACUCAAGAUGAAGAUUACUGGGGUCAUGUCUUCUGGGACCAGGAUACCUGGAUGUACCCGAACAUCUUACUUUUCUACCCUGAAGCAGCUCGUGCUAUUCUGAAAUAUCGGAUCAAAACACUAGAGGGAGCUGUGUUCAAUGCGCAGAAAGGAGGAUACAAGGGUGCAAAGUUCCCCUGGGAGAGUGCAGCAACAGGCCAAGAAGUCUGCCCCGAGGAGGUUUAUGGAGCUGAGGAAAUUCAUAUCAAUGGAGAUGUUAUGCUGGCAUUUGAGCAAUAUUACUACAUCACACAGGACUUGACUCUCUUUCAAGAGGAAGGUGGCUUGGAUGUGGUCUGGGCUAUUGCUCAGUACUGGUGCAGUCGAGUGGAGUGGAAUUCAGAAGAGCAGAAUUACCACAUCAAUGGUGUCAUGCCCCCAGAUGAAUAUCAUCAUGCUGUAAAUAACUCUGUUUAUACCAAUGUUGUUGCCCAAAAAAGUUUGAAUUUUGCAAGUUACUUGGCUUCCCAGUUGCAUAUCCCCAUCCCUAAAGAGUGGAAAGAAGUUGGGGAGAAAAUUAAAGUGCCUUAUGAUAAAAACAGGCACUACCACCCAGAGUAUGAUGGGUACUGCCCAGGUGAAUCGGUGAAACAGGCUGAUGUUGUGUUGCUUGGAUUCCCUGUCAUGCAUCCCAUGGACCCAGAAGUCAGAAGGAAUGACCUGGAGAUAUACGAACCUGUGACAGACCCUCAGGGGCCAGCCAUGACCUGGAGCAUGUUUGCUGUUGGAUGGCUGGAACUGAAAGAGACAGAGAGAGCACAACACCAGCUGAACAAGUGCUUCAGCAACAUCACUGAGCCAUUCAAGGUCAGGCAGAUCUGGGUAGAAAAUUCUGAUGGUUCAGGAGCGGUGAACUUCCUGACAGGGAUGGGUGGAUUUCUGCAAGCCAUUCUUUUUGGAUACACUGGAUUCAGGAUCACAAAGAGGCACCUGUACUUUGACCCUGUUUGUCCUGAUAAUAUGGAGGAGUUAAAGAUCACUGGGGUAUGCUACUUAGGAAGCAAGCUGAAUUUCACCCUGACCAAAAAAAUGAUCACCAUCAAAGUAACAAAGUCCUCAUCUAUGCUGGAGGCUGUAUUACCAAGAGAAGGCAUACGCUGUGCCCUCAAUGAAGAAGAAAGUGUCUCCUUCCCUGUAGCUGAUGGCUGGAUCCAGAAAAGGACCUCUUGACACAUUUUGCAUGCCUGGUAUGUGAUGACAGAGAGAUAGAGUCUGAUCAUUCCAAGUAACUAAAUAUCUGGCAUCACAAUGGGGUAUGAAUGUUUGCUGUCUUCUGGGCAUAUAAAUAACCUGCCUUAUUAGUGUUGGUUUCAAAAUUGCCACUACUGCCAUUAUAUUGGAGAAUGCCUCAGAGAGGGCAGUGGUAAUAGGAUGAGAUAGUCUGAAUGACCCAUAAUGUCCCUCAUUCUUGUCUACCUAUGAUAUUUUCCCACCUUCCGGCCGACAGGAAACUUUGGCGUGGGCUGGUCUAUGAGGUCACAAAGAAACAGAAGCGACUGAACGAAUAAACAACAAACUUCUCUUCCUGCCUGUUCUCUCUCAGUUCUCUCUUAAAAUGAAGCUAGAUUAGUACACUGAGUAAUAUUCCCAUCCGAGAAUAGGAUUUCUAUAACAAAGCCUUUAGUUUUCUUCUCUAAGCCACUCAUGUCUUUCCUCCUUCACUAGGGUCUCUAACUGCUGCAUACACUCUCUGUUACAUAGAUCAUGCAAUAUCUGCGAGACAAUUUUCCCCUUCCACCACCUCCUAUAGGUUGUACUUCCUAGGAAAAUGAGGCUAUUCUGCAUUUUUUACAAAAUUAAAAGUGACCCAAAAUUCACUUCUGGCUUUUCACAAGGACUGAUGAACUCUAUUCCACAGCCCACUCCCAGCCCCCAAUCUAAAUUUUAGUAGCUAAAGCAGGAUCUGAUGCCUUGUCUAAAGGUGAAUCACUGUGACAGGAACCACAGGUUUUUUCCUUUUUAACAAGCAAAAAUGGUAUCAGUGGUAGCACCCAUGCCCACAGCACAAAGAUUGGCAGGAGUCUUCAUAUUGGCCAGCCCUAUCCUAGCUGAAGAGUUCAUUGUGAUAUUGGAAAUUCCCUGUCAUAAAUCCAAAGUGUGUUAGCUUGGAUAUUAGUGCUAUCAAAAUUAGUCUUACCAAUAAUUUUUGCUUGCCUGGCUUUAUUGAGUUAAGCCUGUGCCAGCAGGCUCAAAAUUAUUAAGAUCAGCCUUGUUUUGCCCAGAGAGCAACAUGCUAGGACAGGUCUCUUUGCAAGAAGCACACUAGUUUAUCUGAGUUCAUAAGCUGGGACUCUGAAAAACAUCUAUUUUGUAUAUAUUUCCUUGUUGGGGGUGUUUAAUUUCUAAAAUGAGAUGUGGGGCCUGCCUCCAAAAAUCACAUCCUCUGACAUAGAAGUCCUGCCUAUUAAUCCUAGAUGUGUGAAGCCAGGUUUGUGGUUAGGAGAAGAUUUUCUUUGCUCGUGCUCUGAGGAUUCAUCGCAUUUAUUUGGAUCUGAUUCCAACCUUGGUUAUAAGGGGUCCCCUUGUCUUAAUGGGGUUUGGGAAAAGUCAUUGUUGUGUCAUUUCCUAAUGAGGAAGGAAAUCUGUGAAUUUUAAGGUCAACGUGGAUCCUUGACUGAGAUGAAGAAAGCUAUUCAUUCUGUCCAAAUAGUGGAACAGUGUCUGAGACAUGGCCAGCCGCUAUAGAGCUGUAUAUGAAUGGGAGUUGAUGAAGGCAGAUAAUUAUUUAAAGGAAUUUGAGAGACAUAACUUGUUUCCACUUUUAGCCUUUGAAAGUCAACAGAACAACCUCAAGAUGGCAUCGAAACCACAAAUUCAGGGUGGGGGAGGCCCACUCCAUGGGGAAAAACAUCUAAGGGGAAAGUGUGCUUGUGUCAUGGCUUUGCCCUCUGGCCACUCUAACCAGGAUUACAUAAACUGGCCUUUGCAACCUUUGGCCCCAAAAUACUGUUAGAAUAGAGCUACCAGCAAUUCCUUUUAAAAAAAUAAAGUUACAUUAAAAGUAAAAAAAAAUGAAUCAAGAAAAGAAAUAUAGAGUAGAAACACAAAAAAAUUCAGAAAGAAAAUAAAAAGAAAGAAAAAAUGAAAAAAAAAUUACCUCCCAUCUAUUCUCACCUAGCCAAAAGGAACAUCAUAAGCUUCACCCUCUAGGCCAGUGGUUCUCAACCUGUAGGUCCCUAGGUGUUUUGGCUUACAACUCCCAAAAAUCCCAGCCAGUUUACCAGCUGUUAGGGUUUUUGGGAGUUGAAGGCCAAAACAUCUGGGGACCUGCAGGUUGAGAACUCUAGGCCUUCCAAUAUUGACUCCUUUCUUGAACAAUCCCCCUCCCCAUUCUUCAAAACUCAAAAUUGCGAAGUCCUUCUCUUCUUCACACAAAAAAUGAAUAAAAGGUUUCCAGACUUUAAUUUUUUCCUCCAAUGUCCCUUCUUUCAGUAAACAGGCUAAUUUAUCCAUCUCAGCCAAGUCCAUGAUUAUUAUCAUCCAAUCAGCUGUUGUUGGUGCUGCUGAAUUUUUCAAUUUCUGCAUAUAGAGCAAUAUGGCUGCUAUGAUCAUAUAUUGCAACAGUCUAUCAUGGUCAUUUACAUCAGUCAGAGCAAGUAGAAUAGAUUCCGGUUUUAGCUGGAUAUUUUCCCCAAAACGUUCUAGAUCAACUUAUGUAUUUGAAUCCAGUAUUUUCUGGCAUACAUGUGCACCACAUAUGGUAGAUAGACCCCACUCUCUGUUUACAUUUCUGAGCUCCCAUCAAUUCGUGAUCAUCAUUCCUGCAGUCUGAGCCCUGCCACAUGCACAAUGGAGGACCUUCUUAUAGCAACACCAAAGGCACUCCAAGUGGCCAGCUGCUGGUCAAAGGACAUUUAGUAUAAUGUCAAGUUUUUAAACUUUGUUUGUGAUUUUAAAUGCAUUACAAUUGUACCCUCAGUUCGCUUCUGAUACAAUAAAUAAAUACAUCCCUGGUGGCUGGGGAUAAUUCCAUCCAAAGCAUUUAAAUCCAAGUCCUCUGCUAUCAUAGCUACUGUUGUUGUUUUGGUUUCAUCCAAGCAAAGUUGCAAAGUUGCAAACUCUCCAUCCAGCAUUGACAGAGGUGUUUCUGUGUAUGUGUGCACAUUUUGUGUGUAUAUUACACAUAUAAACCUUCUUCCAGAUCCCCUGCACGCUUCAGCUCCACAUGUGGAAAUGUUUAAGCAGUGAGAGGAAUUGGGCUCCUUGCCUUCUAAUUAGAAUGACUGAGGCCCAGGACUUGCCUUUUUUAAAGAACAGUGUAAAGCUUCUAAUCACCAUGGACCCAUAAUGCUUGGGUCGCUCAGUGGAAGGGGUACUGCCCUUAGUAUCCCCCCCUUCCACUUUAUAGCAGCUUUUAUUCUUCACUGAGAAUAAAUCUUUAUGCUUAUUCUUGUUAGGAGGACCCUUUGAGACCAGGACUUUGGGAAACAUAGGAAAUUAUGGGACAGAGGUCAAGGCUGGACAUGUGCAUGGAUACUCAAAUACAGUUUCAGUCUCACUUCAGUUUAAUCAAUUAUGCUUGGACUGAUUUAGAACAAGUCUGUUUCAAACUGAAUCCUGACCCAGAGACUUAUCUGGAAAUCUGUGGAGUUAAUAUGGCAAUGUCCCUCCCAUUAAUUAUUAUGGGAUGUGAGCACUAAUACGCAUGUGCAAAGAUACACGAGCUUUUAGCAAUGGUACAAUAUGAUGUAGAUUCAAAUAGAGAUGACUAUUGUGUUGAGUUUCAUAUGAAAAUUUAUAAAUAGCUAGCUUCUUUAUGCUGGCUUUGUGCUAGCUUUGAAAAAUAGUCCCUAGCAUCUUUCUUCUGUGCAGAGAGAAAUAAAAGAGAGUUGGAUCUCCACUCUGGUAUAUUUUUUAUUGACCUAACAGACAUCAGAGUUGAUGUUUCCUGUUCAUAAUUAUGGAAAUUACAAAAAGUGUUAAUGCUUAUCCUGCUGGAGGGUCUGCUAAUUUUGUUUAUUUGUUUGUUGUUGUUAUGUCAUAUACAAAUGAUGGUGACCCUGGUCUCCAGAGUCAUAGCCCAGUGCUGAAAACACUACAUCACAUUGUUUCUCACUCCUGAUCUGGGAAGAGUUAAUUUAGAUCAGGAUAAUCUCCAUCUUCAGCAGAAAAAAGCCACACUUUCAUAAGUACUAAUACUCCAGCUUAGUUGUCUCACUGUUGUUGUUGCUGUGUACCUUCGAGUAAUUUCCUAAAGUGAACUUUUCGCAGGGUUUUCUAAGCAAGGGUUAUCCAAGGAGGUUUUAUAAGAAAAGAUGGGUUCCCAAGGGUUGUACUGACAAGGACCCACUAAUGGAAUAAUAACAAGGUAUUAGAUAUAAUUAAACAUUGUAUUAUGUACAAUAAAUGAAUAUAAAUGCCAGAUAAGCAAUUACAAAUCGCAAUCAAACUGUUGCAUUCGCAGUAUGACAAAUGGUAGUUGCAUUCACAAUGCAGUACACUUCCUUGUUUGUUUUCUUAAUUCUUCAUAAAAGAUGAGUAGACCCCUGA